CACCGCGCCAUCCCGAACCGCCCUUUCCUCUCCCUAACUUUGGCCGUGUCGACUUUCUGUUCUGCAGUGAUUUGAUUGCUCGGUCCCAGCUAUGUAAUUUGGCUCGGACACACCUCGCCCUGCACCAGCACGGACCCUCCUCUUCAUCUUCAUCACGGGAGAGAAGAACCGAGUGAGCUCCUCCAGUUCGCCGUGCUGUCGUCCUCUCUCCAGGGUGGAAGAUGUCCGCUGGCUUCUCCGGGCCGGAGCCAGUUUAGGAAGAUCUUUUCCCCCCGCGGAGUCGGGAAAACGUCUCAUCGCUGUCAUUUAACUAAAGGGGCAGCUGUCAGAAGUUGUGUGACCCCUCUGUCUCUUAAACCCGGAGCUGUACGGCUGUGAAACGGCGCCCUGGACUCUCUACCUCCAGUUAAAGACCCUCGUUAUUAUGUCUGCUGUGCCAGGCCGAGGCGAGGACGGCCAGGAGAUGCCUUCAGGCUAACAGCGCUAACGUUGUCUGGGGUCGUCGAGACGAGCUGCCACAACUAUUUCAACGGCGUCAACACAUUGUCGGGUUUUUUUAAGACACUCCUCAGUUGUUUGCAGACAGUCAGUCGGUCGGUUGUGAAGUAGAAGCGGGGGAAAAAAAGGUGACACAAGAUGCCGAAAUAGCGGUUUUACUUUGUUAGAUAAUUGUUUCCCAGUUCAGCUAGCUGUGCUGGUCAGCUGCAGUAUCAUAACAACACAAAGGCAAAGCCCCACUGUAGGGGCUGUUGUCUGUCUAAUACACUAAUGUUCAUGAUCUGCCGAGGCCUGGCAGGUGGACAAACAUGACUACUGACUAUUAACGAGGAAGGUGUGAUAACAGGACUGAUUUUGACUUUGCUUUUAAGCUUGUACAUCACAACAAGUAGGGAAAGAGCAGCUCGACCUGGUGACCAUGGAGGGAAACGUGCAACAGCAGAAAGCGACUCCUUUAGCUCGGGAGCUGACGAGGACAUUUAACAGCUACAACAAACACACCACACAGCUAAAGAAGAACCUGAAGGAGACUAACGCUUUCUUCCGGGAAAUAAGGCAGAACUACAGCAAUGCUUGUGCAUCAACUAUGAGCUCGGAUUCAGCUUCUCUGGAGGCGGGCCAGUUUAGCUUCAUCUCUUUUCCCAGCCAUGAGGAAGAGUUCCUACGAAACACUGUGGGCGCUGCCCCGUACAUCCUGGUGCUAGGUCAGGACUGUGAUGCCCGCUACCAGCUGCUCAACUGCCUUCUGGGGGAGAGGCUGCUGCCACUGGGGCCCGAGGCCGGAGAGGCUUGCGGAGGAGUCGAGGGAGUCUGCAAGAGGCGGAAGCUGUGUUUCACCCAUGGGAGGCAGACACGGCUCAGCUUGGCGCUGCCUGGCCAGUAUGAACUGGUGCAUCAGCUGGCGGCUAACUGUGGCCGCUGGGAUACGGUUCCCCUGGAGGACCUGGAGAUUCACGAGGAAUGUGAGGACCCGGCUCACAGGCUAGCUGAGCUGGAGAUCACUCUGCAUCACCCACUGCUACAGGAAUCAAAGGUCAUGGUGGUGCCGUGUCCGAGUGUCCAGCCCAUAGAAGAAGCCCUGGAAGACUGCACUCGCAACGUGAUCCCCAUCAUACUGUAUGCCAUCAACCAGGACUCCGUAAGCACAGAGCAGGUGGCGGAUCUCUGGAAGGUCAAAGAGAUGCUCUCCUUUCCCAUCUGUUUUGUUCGUAUCCCCGACACCAUGCCAGCAGCCUCCCCAGAACCCGGCCGUCGUGCGGAGAAGGAAAAAGAGAGGGAGAAGAGUGCCCUCCACAAGCAGCUUCUCUCUCUCGGCCUCCUCGGUAACCCGACAGGAAACUGCUCCUGUGGUGCCCCUACGCAGAUGCCCACCCCGGGUGCCAAGCCCCAGAGCAUGCUCGGCGAGUCUUUCGAACGACUGCAUCGGUUGCUGGUGCCGUUUGCUCGCCAAGUGCUUCAAAACCAGCAGGUGGAGGCUGCCAACCUGCUAAAUGGGCUGCAUUGUCGCUGUCUAGAUCUUUUCAUCAACCAGGCCUUUGACAUGCAGAGGGACCUACAGAUAACACCACGCAGGCUGGAGUACACUCGUGAGAAAGAGGGUGAACUCUUCAUCUCCCUCAUGGCCAUCGCUAACCGCAAACAGGAGGAGAUGAAGGAGAUGAUUGUGGAGACGCUCAGCAGCAUGAAGGAGCAGCUGCUGGAGGAUGCUGCCAACCUGGAGUUCACAGGCAAACCUAAACUCGGACGAGAGUUGGGUCGUGGGCAGUACGGAGUUGUGUACUUGUGUGACAGCUGGGGAGGACGCUACCCGUGUGCUUUAAAGUCAGUGGUACCGCCUGAUGAUAAACACUGGAACGACCUGGCUUUGGAAUUUCACUACACAAGGACUCUGCCCAAGCACGAGCGGCUCGUCGACCUGCACGGCUCUGUGAUAGAUCACACCUACGGAGGCGGCUCCAGCAUCGCUGUUCUGCUCAUCAUGGAGCGACUGCACAGAGACCUCUAUACAGGCCUAAAGGCUGGUCUAUCACUGAGGGAGAGACUUCAGAUCGCUCUGGAUGUGGUGGAGGGGAUCCGCUUCCUGCACAGUCAGGGCCUCUUGCACAGAGACAUAAAGCUAAAAAAUGUCCUGUUGGACAAACAAAACCGUGCAAAGAUCACUGACCUGGGCUUCUGUAAACCAGAGGCCAUGAUGUCUGGCAGCAUCGUUGGAACCCCGAUCCACAUGGCUCCAGAGCUGUUUACAGGAAAGUAUGAUAACUCUGUGGACGUCUACGCCUUCGGGAUCCUUUUCUGGUACCUCUGCACUGGUUCAGUGAAACUCCCAGAAGCCUUUGAGAAGUGCUCCAGUAAGGACCAACUCUGGAACAACGUUAAAAAAGGAGCCAGACCCGAGCGGUUGCCCAGUUUCGAUGAGGAAUGCUGGCAGCUGAUGGAGGCCUGCUGGAACGGGGACCCUUCCCAGAGGCCCCUGCUCGGUAUCGUGGAGCCCAGCCUGCAAAGCAUCGUGCGCCGACUCUGCAACUGUGGCUCAGAACAGAAAAGUAGCAGCCUCGAGGACUCAAACUGAAAACACUCCAGACAAACUAACACACGUGUGAUAGGAAUUCUGAUCAGGAAAGUAUUUUGUAUUUAUGAGGAACGGAGAAGAACAGGUGACCAAUGAAUAAUGUCCUCAUUGUUCACAGUUGUUGGAUUUACGUUAUUUAUGAAGAGUUGAUACAGACCAGAAGUUUGCAAAUAUGUGUGUUUUAUUGUUUGUGCUUUGUCUGUGUAUUUGUAUACAAACUCUACAAUAUGCUUCCAUCGUAGCUCCUGUGCUAAUUGCUACUCGGUCGUAGGAUUAUUACUAGAUGCAAAUUGUUUUAAAAGUAGUCCAUUCCCAGUGUUAUGAAAAAAA